CGGAAGAUUGCAUCACAUUUCUAGGAAUCGUUGUCGGGUUCUUCUUCACGCAGAAAAUAAAGGUAGCUGAGCUGAACUAAAGAAUUUCAGGUAAAUCUGAGCUUUUCAUGGCGACACAGGGGAGACCAAGUUCGGCUAAGAGCGAGCCACGCGUUGGGUCUUCUUCUCUUUCUUCCAGAGUCAAGAUCGAUCCGUCUAUUAAAGACAAGAAGAAAAUCGUUACCUCUAGCAAACCGAUCAUGUCGGAUAACAAACCCAGAUCCUCUGUUUCCACCGUCACGGCGAAAUCAGAGGCAAAGCCCAAAAUAUCUGUAAAAUCUACAGCAACAACGUCUGCUGCAACAGCCAAAGGGAAAGCCAAAAGAGAGAAGAAGGUUUAUUCAUUACCCGGACAAAAGUUUGAUCCUCCUGAAGAGAGAGAGCCCUUGAGGAUAUUUUACGAAUCCUUAUCCAAACAAAUAACAGGAAGCGAAAUGGCUGAGUUCUGGCUAAUGGAACAUGGUAUGUUGUCUCCGGAUAAGGCAAAGCGAGCCUUUGAGAAAAAGCAGAGGAAGAUGAAGCAAAUUCGAAUGGGGACACCGACUAAACCGGCACCAACGUAUACUAGCAAAGCCGAGAGUUCUCAAAGGACAUAUGCGUCAAAGAACAGCGGUUUAGAUCCUAGAAAGAAGAAGAAAGUCGUUGAUGAAGAGGACGAUGAUGAUGAUUUCAUCCUAAGCCACAAGAGAAGGAAAGUGUAAACCAUACAAACUUAAAUGCUCUGUUUCGUUAUUUAGGUAAAGAUGACAUAUGAGAUCAAGAACCUUAAGUUAUCGAAUAAGUGACCAGAUAUAUAUAGUUGUUGUAAGAUCCUCAGAAGGUUUUCCAUGGACCAUUGAGAUGUGUUCAUGAUAUAAAAAAAUCAGUAUAGAGCUGUUGGCGUA